AUUACUCCAUGACAGUCGACUGCAACCUUCGCAACCAUCGAGCGGCGUGACUCCAGCAGAAUGACGAUUUGACGCGCGGUUUAUAAACAUAUGUACAAGAUUCCCAUAAAAAAUAUCGGACAAAAAUAAUCUGUGAUUUGUGUUAAGUUUUUUUUUUAAAUAAAAGUGAAAAUGGGCUUGAAAGCUGACGACGAUAAGCGGCCGAGCAAACUCGCGAUUAUGGAUGAUAUAUCUGAUACACCGCGCGGCCUCGGCACGCGGCACUGGGUCACGUUCAUGCUGUUCCUGGGCAUGGCUAACGCGUACAUCAUGCGCACUAACAUGUCCGUAGCCAUCGUCGCCAUGGUCAACCAUACUGCACUUCCGGUUGACAAAGAGGCACUGGACAAUGAGUGCGGGAACGUGGACUCCAAUAGCACCAGUGCGGUGCAGACGCAAGACGGAACCUACGUUUGGUCGUCGACGCUUCAAGGCUACAUCCUCUCCUCCUUCUUCUACGGCUACGUCAUCACACAGAUCCCGUUCGGCAUUCUGUCUAAAAGAUUCGGUGCCCGUCUCUUCCUGGGUAUCGGUAUGUUGAUAAACUCUGUGUUCGGUCUGCUGGUGCCCAUGGCUGCUGAACGCGGGUACUACUGGCUCAUUCUGGUCCGAUUCAUCCAAGGGUUGGGAGAGGGUCCCAUCGUGCCCUGUUCUCAUGCGAUGUUAGCGAAAUGGAUUCCGCCCAACGAGAGGAGUCGGAUGGGAGCAGCUGUAUAUGCCGGAGCCCAAUUCGGCACAGUGAUCUCCAUGCCUCUCUCGGGUCUGCUCUCGGCGUACGGUUUCGCGGGCGGCUGGCCGUCCAUCUUCUACGUGUUUGGUCUCAUCGGUACCGUCUGGUGUAUCGCCUUCCUGCUGUUCGUGUCGGAAGACCCUGAACAGUGUCCCAGCAUCAAGGAAAACGAGAAGAAGUACAUUCUGAGUUCGCUGUGGGGUGCCGCUGGAUCCAGCUCCCCGCCAAUUCCCUGGAGCAAGAUUCUUCUAUCGACGCCGUUCUGGGCGAUCAUGCUGGCGCACAUGGGACAGAACUACGGCUACGAGACGCUUAUGACCGAGCUGCCGACCUUCAUGAGACAAGUGCUGCACUUCUCCAUCAAGGAUAAUGGCUUCGUAUCGGCUCUCCCGUACCUAUGCAUGUGGCUGUUCUCCAUGUUCAUCUCGGUGGUGGCGGACUGGAUGCUGUCCAGCGGCAGGUUCAACCACACGCAGGUCCGGAAGAUCAUCAACAGUAUCGGCGAAUACGGUCCCGCUAUAGGACUGUUCAUCGCGGCGAACACGGGCUGCGACCCCGCCGCCACUGUCGCCAUCUUGGCCGUCGGCGUCGGACUCAACGGCGGUAUCUACUCUGGAUUCAAGGUGAACCAUCUGGAUAUCUCACCACGGUUCGCUGGCAUCCUGAUGGCGUUUACCAACUGCCUCGCCAACCUCACCGGUCUGCUCGCUCCCAUCGUAGCCGGCUACAUCAUCGAGGGCAAGCCGACUCAAGCGCAAUGGAGAAAAGUGUUCUACAUCGCCGGUGGAAUAUACAUCUUCUGCGCUACCUUCUAUAACAUCUUCGGUUCCGGACGAAGACAGGAAUGGGACAAUCCAGCGGAAGAUGAAGCCAUCGCCAAAAAGGCAGCAGCGAAGAAAGCGGAAAAAUUACAACGGAAAAUGGACACUAAUACAGCAGAGACCGCGCAGUAAUUACAGUAUAUAAGUGAUUAUUAUGAAUGCAGCCAUUUUUAAUCGUAACAAUUUUAAUCGAUUUUAAAUGUUCUUUAUAAUACGAGUUCCAACGAGCUUUUUAGAAUAGAGUGCAAGCUUGUAGGUAUUUCUCAGACUUCCAUUCGUUUAAACAAAGAUCGCCUAAAUAUGAAGUCCCCAGAGGAGCCAGGAUAUUUUAAUAUUUUAGUAGUUACGUUUAUGAGAGACUAUGUUAGAAUUUUAAAUGCAUUUCGAGCCAUACUACUGGAAAUAUAAUAUUUAAUAUAAGUAGUAAUAUGUAUAUUUGCGGAGGACACUGAUAUUAAGCGUAACUUUGUUUUCAAAAUUAUUUAGCAUGCAGUCUACGAAUACUGUUCAGUGUGUUUUAUUUUAAAACACACCCGAGACGCACAUCAAGCGAGGCUGUGAUAGAUUCUUUUUAGGCAUUCAACAUGGAACUUGUAUUGUAAUAUUUAUUUAACGUAUAAAUUAUUAUUAGAUGCUUCCGACUACCCACGUUUUGACUAGAAUCUAUUGCGUCCAUCAAACCGUUCCAUUUAAAACCAUUUUUAAUUUAUCAUUGAAAUUAUUAAUUUUUGGCAAAAUGUGGGUAGAAAUUAUUAUUAGCAAAUAAGUACCACGUAAGUAUUGUAGAGCUUGAAUAUUAGCCUUAAAAGUGUGAUAAAGGGUCCAAUGCAGUUGUUACCGUCCUAGCCAGUGACUUUCUAACGAAAUAAGACAAAAUUAUUAAUUAUUGCAGAAACUCGAAUGCAAUAAUAUGUUAAAUGACAGACUAAAAUCGUUGGCUAUGGUCAUAAUAUAGUACAAAAUUGAA